AUGGCCACCGUGGACGCCACGCCGACGGCGGAGUCCGGCAACGGCAAGCAGGCGCCGUCCCCUCCGGCGGAGCGCAGAAGCAGCUUCUCCGGCGCCGACCUGGCGCUGAGGGCGCUCCUGUUCGCGGUGACGCUCGCGGGGCUCGUCGUGCUGGCCACCGCCAAGCAGACGGCGCUCGUCCCGGUCCCGCAGAUCCCGGGGCUCCUCCUCUCCCGCCCCGCCAAGUUCAACCACUCGCCGGCGCUCAUAUAUCUGCUGGUGGCGCUGUGCGUGACGUGCUUCUACAGCCUGCUGACGGCCCUCACCUCGCUCAAGCUCAUCAUCUCCGGCUCCUCUCCCACCAAGACUCUCUUCCUCCUUGUUCUGCUCGAUGUGUUAUACGCAGCUAUCAUGGCUUCAGCGACCGGCUCAGGGGGUGGUGUAGCAUGGAUCGGGGUCAAGGGCAACACGCACACCAACUGGAACAAGAUCUGCAACAUCUACGGCAACUUCUGCCGUCACAUUGGCAGCUCCGUCUUCCUGGGCCUCAUCGCCUCCAUCAUCCUCGUCCUGCUCACCAUCCUCAACACCCACUCCUUGUACCGCCGCAGUCGCUAA